UUUAAAUCUUCCUGUGCCAACACAUAUCGUAGUCUAACGUAGUAAACCAAACUCCAGCGGGAGCUUGUACAACCGACUUUUUUUUCGUCGUCCGCAACUUAAUUUAACUUUCGUAUUGAGCUGUUGACAAAAUUGCCGGUAAAGCCACACCUGUGUCCGCGUAACGGUUUAUUAAAUAUUAACCGCCAUUCACUGUCGCUUAGAUACCAGCUUGUUUAACAGUUUCCUAAAUUAGAGUGUAAACUCCAUGUGGCUAUUGGUGUUAGCUUAAACUACCGAGUCAAAAUGGAUUUAGAAUAAAAUGUGUAUUUAUCAUCAUGCACUUUUUAAGCACUGGAACAUGACGCGGGCACUAUGCAACUUUUUUCCUAACGUCUUUUAGUCCACCAUCGUGCUUGUAUUGCUUAACACUAACGCCUGUCCUGACUCCUCUGGUCUCGCUAUGGUAAAAGCCAAACUUUGGUCUGGGGCCAGUCAUUUCCCAGGAAAAUGUGACUGCUAGGAAUUCCCCACGCAUCAGCCCCUGUCGGAGAAAACUGCAACCUUGUGUCAGGAAGCACACGAAAGCAGCGGGAGGGGGAAGCUGACCACCGGCGGCUGUGCGGUGAUGAUGAUGAUGUAGCUUAUAGUACCGUUUUGUCUCCAACUGGCACCGGGGAUAAUAAUGUUUUUCUAACACCGCCGUGUUUUCAUGAGGACAGCCACUUUACUGCCUGUUUUAAAGCCAGGGAAUAUGCUGGUGCUGAUGACAACUUCUACCAGGGUGUAAAUGCUCCAGGUGCAGCGGGACCCAGCCUCCGUGUCAGAGUGGGACGAGGCUGCUCCCACCUGGGCCACAGCACUCCUCUGAAACUCGGUUUGUGGUCUCUCUCUCUGAGCACUAAACUGCUCAGGUCACAACAGGAGGAGGAGGCGGACGACGACAAGGAAGCCAUUUUGUUAGGUGACACUGUCUGUGCAGAGAAGGAGCCGGGGUGGUCAUCGCUGGGAUAUUUUAGGCUGCUCCCUGCCCUCUGAACCCCACCGCUAUGACGACUGCGGUGCAGCCCAGUGAGCUGGUGUUUGAGUUCGCCAGCAAUGGGAUGGAUGAAAUCAAUCAGGUGUGCAGUUAUCUCAUCCCCACACCCGUGUCUGAAUCCUGUGGAGCAGGCUUGAUUCUGGACGACCCGUCAGUAUUCCCAGCAGUGAUUGUUGAGCAGGUGCCUGCAGCCGACCUGCUGCAGGUCUACUCAGGCCUGGAGUCAGAUGAGGUGCCCAAUGGCAUCAUGGUGGACACCACCCUCCAUGUGGUGGAGGAAUCAUCCAUUCUGGGGGGAGGGGUGGAUCUCUCAGAAACAACCGUCUCAGGCGCGGAGGACAGCAUGGAGACGAAUGAAGCCGCAGCCGCUCUUCUUAACAUGGAGUCUCCAAACAACAUUUUGGAUGAGAAGCGUAUGAUUCACACCUAUGGCACUCUGCUGGAGUCAGACCUGACAUACACCCCACUGAGGCCUGACCAGAUGGACAAUAGUGCCCUUGACAUGUCCCUAGAUGAGGAUACUUCAUCCAUGGAUGAGAUUACACAAAAGUGUCCCUUAAAACCUCUGAAAAAAAACAAAGUGCGGAAGCCGCGGGCGGUGCGUCCCUGCUCCCCUAUCACCACCCCUAACCUGCCACUCAGGAAGAAAAGCAAAGAGGGCAAAGGCAACACCAUCUACCUGUGGGAAUUCCUUCUGGCUUUACUGCAGGACAAAAACACCUGUCCCAAAUACAUCAAGUGGACACAGCGGGAGAAAGGCAUCUUUAAGCUAGUGGACUCCAAAGCCGUUUCAAAACUGUGGGGCAAACACAAGAACAAGCCUGACAUGAACUAUGAGACUAUGGGAAGAGCUCUGAGGUACUAUUACCAAAGAGGCAUCCUGGCUAAAGUGGAGGGGCAGCGGCUGGUGUACCAGUUCAAAGAGAUGCCAACUGAUCUGGUGGUGAUCGAGGAUGAGGAUACAGGCUCCGAUGCCAACGCUGGCUACGGUAAUCAGAGGUCCGCCAAUGGGAGGUCUAUGGUCCGCGGAGGGUCCAAAGGGCAUGGGAGGGCUCACGGUCAACACCAAGUCUCAGUGAAGCAGGUGAAGAAGGAGCCUAGUGAUGAAAGUCUGUACCAGGAAGCUAAUGGUGAACACGCCGGGCAGCUCCUUCAGUCUGUUCAUGUGUUGCACGCAAAUCAAGGGUCAGGAGUGCAAGAUCCGACACAUAUGAGGACCAUCACUGCUCCUACAUCAGUUCCCAUGGUCUUGACAUCUUCUGGCUCUCUUCAGUCUGUUCCCCUCACCACUGUUCUGGCCAAUGGGGACUCCAGCCACUCCUCCCCGCCUCGGGUUAUUCUCCACACCAUGCCCUCCACCACAGCAGGUGGCAAAGAUGUGCUCACCAUCCAAACAGCCUCACUAGCAGGUGGAGCCAGCAGCCUGCAGGACGGCCUCCCACAGCAGCUCCUGGUCGCCGGCCUGGGCUCCUCCGCCGUCACCUCUGCCACCACCUCCUCCUGCACUUCACCUCCAGGAGUCAUUAGUUCCACUGGUUCUAACCUCAAUGGCCUUCCCCGCCUGGUCGCCAUCAACACCACCUGCGGGCAGACCAUGGUGGCACAGCAGCCCGGCACCGUUAUCGCCACGGUGCUCAAAUCCAGCGAUCUCUCAGGGCUGCAGGUCAAAGAGGAAAUGCUGGACCCCAGCUACUUCCAGUCGAUGGUCAAUGGCGAUCCAUCACUGGUGGCACAUACGUUUGACAAAGAAGAGAUGGAGGUAGGGGAGGCGGAGCUGCAGUAUAGGACUGUGAUCAUUGAUACCAGUCAAAGUCAGGGCCAGGAGGCUGCAAGUGAAACUAUAAUUAAUGGACAUUCCUCCCAGAGUAGCAGCCCGAGUGAAGGCCUGACCCCUGUGGAGGAGCUGGAAGUGCGCGGGGAGAUGUCCCUGCAGCCUGACCAGGGAAUCAAAAGCCUGCAGGAGCUGCCACUGUCUGUCCAACUGCCUGCAAACUUUAUCCAGAUAAAGACAGAGCCUGCAGAGGCUUAAUACUGCAGGACUGUUGCGCACAAGCUGAACCAAAAACAACAAUUAAAUCCAUUUUGACCACAGACCCUAUGUUUUCUUUUCCUACCACAGUGAUCUAAUCAAAGAUCAGAAGGGAGGGAUCCUGCAGCGUUUUGCUCUCACAGGUUGGUCAGUUCAACCUCAGGAUUUAUUGUUUACUCACAUAUUUUGUGACCAUGUGCCUAAUUUUAAAAAUCAAGAUUUAGUGUUUAGUUUUUUCAAAGCAGUCACGUUUCAGAUUUGGGAUUGUAAUCUGUAGACAUGAACCCCAACACACACUCACGCACACAUGCACACACACGCACACACACGCACACACACGCACACAGAUAAAAAAUACUUCCCCCACUAGGAGAACAGCCAUUGGAUAAACCAGGGAUUCCGUCUACCAAAUGUGCCAGUUAGUAAUUUUCUUACUUUACAUCUCACUGGACUUGUAUGUACAAAGAAGAGAAUGCAACAAACCAAACGCGGGGACUGAAUGCCAAAUGGUGCAAUGAAAUCAGACUUCUGAGAGCGAGCAGAGCGAAAAUGUGUGCGUUUUUAAAACCACAUUCACGUUUUUGUUACUGUGGAUGAGGGGUGGAUGCUGUGUCACGGUGUCCAAUCUGGUGAUAAAGAAACCCCACACAUCUCAGAGUUUAAUUGAAGAGUGCCUUACAGGAAGUUCAAGACUCUUUUUUUGGAAACGUCAGAGGAAAAAGAUGAAAAACAGACUAAAUGGCUUUUCCAGACUUUCAGAACUUAUUACUCAUUUAUUUUCAUAUAAACAAAAAAAGUAUGUAUUUGUUCUCUAUUACUCCCGGCCUUAAAAUACUGUGUUACUAUGGAAAUGGGCAUUUUCUGUCUACCAAGGACAGUCCAACAUCAAAACUGUUUGUAUAGAGCUGCAGACUGGAGGCACGGCAAGAUUGAGAGGCACAAAAAGAGAGAAAGAAUACGCAGGAUAAAACAGAUUUUAUCAGCCUCUGCUUCAGAGGCUCUAAGGUUUAAAUCCUGUUUAUAUGAAAUGGAAUAUAUAUGAAUCUAUAUAUAUAUAUAUCUAUAUAUAUAUAUAUAUCUACGUAUAAUAUACAAUUGAGAUUCAAUUUUAAGGCCACAGCGAAUUUAUUUAUUUUGUGAAUUUCUAAAUUCUGUAUAAAAAAGGCACAUUUGUCUUCUAUUUACAUGUGUAAACAUGAGGGAAAAUGCAAAGAAUAUGAACGUUAAUACCAGGAAGCUUAUUUAGUAGUUUUUUUGUAAGACCAACAUUUUUCAUUUGUAUAGCCUUCCAUAUAAUCAACUUUUUGCUAUUUUCUUGCUGCUCAGUGCAGCAUCAUUAUUCAGCUGUUAUAUUCUCUUUAUUGUAGAUAGCCUCUGUUGUGUGUCUGAUUUAAACAUGUACUGAAUGUGCUUUUGGUUUCCUCUUUUCAGCGGACAUACCUCUUUACCUUUUUCAACAGUCAAGCAAUCGAGGCUUCACAAAUAUUAUAUUCUGUGUAAUUCAUAAAGUAUCAGAUUUAUCAAUCAGUAUGUCUUUUAAAUCAUAUCUCAAAUUUCUUUAGUUAUUUGGCUCAAAGACUUAUCAGACUUAUCAGUGCUCCCCUCCUCCUCUCACCUUAUCUCCUCUCCUCUCUCAUCUCGCCUCGUCCUAUCUCCUCUCACUUCUCCUCCUCCUCUCGUCUCCUUCUCUACCCUCACCUUGUCUCCUCUCCUCCUCCUCCCCUCCUGCUCUCGGGUCAGUCGAGUCUGUGCCUUCUUUAUUUGCUGUCCCACUUUGUUAAGGACCUCCCAGGCCAGCCAUCCGAUUGGCCCCUCGGCCCUGCCGGGGAUGAAGCCAUAUUGAUCCUGAGUGGUAUCACAGCUAAAUUGGUUGUAUUUUCCACCCGGACUGUAGCUGCCGAGUGAGGACAUUCAGACAUACUGACCUCCGUCUGCACUGGCACCUAAGGACAGGAGUUAAACGCUGCUUCACAACCCCUCAUCAGCCAAAGGGCUCUGGGUCUGCAAAGACACUCUGAAUGUAUACUUAUUUUCUGACAAUCAAUAAUUACACUGGGCUCCAUUUGCAUUGAAAUCUGCCAGUCUUUGAGUGGGGAUUUGCUGCUUUUUUCCUCUUUUUUUUUCUUUGUAUAUAUUCUUAUAUCUGCCUUGCUUUUUCCUUAAAGCACUGUUGUCUGUGAGAUGUUGAGGUAUGUCCACCGCUUAUGUUUUGUUGCUUCUUUUGUCUUGGGUUGUCAAUGGCUUCCCUUUUGCUGAAUAUAGAAUAGAUUUUUAAGAAAAAAAGUCAAUGUACUAAUUAAAAACAAAAUCUUCUUCACUGAA